GAUGCAGGACCGUACGCGCGAUUACUUGCCAUCGCGAAAUCUUAACUGAUUACGGAUGUGGCCUUCUCGACUUGUUGCGAUGACCCUUAAGUGUAACAGCGAUUUGACAACCUAGUAGCCCACGUCUUCGUUCGCUGAGCAAUUUCCUGCUGCGCCGCGAAGUUGCAUCUUAUCAAAGCCCGCUAAGUUACGCGUCUCGCGCUGAACCCCUGCAUGAGCAAUACACGUGACUCUUUCCACCUGCCUUUCCGAGCGACUGAGCCGAGGAAGAUGCCCUUGGUCGCCGAAAAGAUCUAUAUACAUGUUCAUCAAAAUCUCCUCCUCUCCCUUCUCACUCUCUCUUCCCUCUCGUCCCUCUCGUCCCUCUCAUCCCUAUAGGUCUGUAACACAAAUUCUCACCAUGUCCAGCGCCGAGCCACUUGUACGUUUUUACGAUCUCUCCGGUCCAAAACCCUGGUCACCUUCAUGCUGGCUCACAAGAUAUGCUCUGAAUUACAAAGGGAUACCAUACACCACAGUGAAAGUUUCAUAUCCUGGCAUCAAACCACUAUGUGAAAGCCUUUUUCCAGACAUGACUGAUAUCGGCGCCACGGUCCCAAUUGUCGAGAUUCUCCAGCCACCGCAUCUGGUACUGAACGAUUCUACACCAAUAGCCAAGCUACUGAAUGCGAGGUUCACGGAGAAAGACGGAUAUCGGGAUUUGAAACUCGUGGAUGAGGUAGACGAGUAUGAUGCGUCUGGCGCCCAGUUUUUAGGGAGGGCUAUUAUCAGGUGGAUUAUAAAUGACGUGUAUGAAACGGCUCUUGAUAAGGAAGAUGGAUCGCGUGAAUACUUCAAGACAACCAGGGAAGGCUUCUUGGGGUGCGACUUAAAGGAUGUUACCGAGGUGAGAGCUGGCGGAGAAGCUGCUGUACUUGAGGAUUUGAAAGUGCAUUGGGCAAGUUUGAGGGAGAGGAUGGUUAGUGAUUGCGGGAAGGGCGAACGUAAGUUGUCAAUAGUCCGAGUCUCAUGUCUUGUACUUCAAGAAUGCUAACGAUUCAUAACGACCUACAUCGACUUCUACGAUGCCGCUCACGUUAAAUGGGUCGGAGCGGCAUCCGGAGAGAAACUAGCAAAGCUCAUGGCUUUGUACGAGGACGACACAUUCAUUAAGCUGAUGAAUAAGGUCGCACCUUGGUCUCAAGGAUAAGCGAGUGGAAAAGCAGGUAUAAAACAGCGGGAGGAAGUCGCUGAAAACAGGUUGCAAAUCAUCAACAUCUGGUUACUUAUAGUUAGAACCCAAAAAAUA